AUGGGCUACUGCGACCUACCCAUGAUGAUGACGCCUAAACAUGAAACGGAGUUUGGAAUUUUUGGGUGGUGGUUACUACUGUUGGCGGCCUUGUUUCAAUUAUCUUCUAUUCAUGAUUGUUUGAGGGAAGAUAGAGUAGCUCUCUUGCAACUCAAAGGUUCCGGCCUGCACUCCUCGUAUCAACCCUUGACAUCUUGGAACUCAUCUCACGAAGAGAGUAAUUGUUGCGAGUGGGAACAUGUUGUGUGCGACAACACUACAGGGCGUCUAAUCGAGCUUGAUCUUGUGAGGAGCUAUUCGAAUACUGAUGAAGUUUGGUAUCUGAAUGCGUCUCUGUUUCUUCCCUUUCAAGACCUUAAGUACCUGGAUUUGGGUAAUAAUGGAAUAUCUGGAUGGGUUCCAAAUGAAGGUUUUGAAAGAUUAUCCAGAUUGAGCAAGCUAGAGGUGCUUAGAUUGGAUGAGAAUUACAUCAAUGAAAGCUUCCUGUCAUCCCUUGGUCAGAUUUCAUCUCUCAAGAAACUAUAUUUGAGAUACAACCUCUUAAAUCGACCAAUCAAUAUCCCAAUCUCAGGUUCCUUGGAUCACCCCUCUCUUGCCUCAGGAUCUGACUCGAGCAAAGACAAGGAUCGGCUAAGUGACCCGGCCCAAGGGCUUACGAAACAUGACAUUAACAUUUGGCACUAUCUGUGGGAUUUGACUAAUCUUAUGGUCGAGCGUGUCCUUCGUAUGCUUGUGAGGACCCGUUCUCAGCUGGCAUGGGAGUAGGAUGAAGGCAUGGCAAGUGGUAAGUAAGCAAGGUUGGCCGCUAUGGAGCAGCUCAUUCGGAGGCUCAAUAGCUAGGUGAAGGACCUUCGGGAGGAAAACCAAGCCCUUAAGGAUACCUUCCAUGAUUCGGUACACUAGGAUGAGCCCAGUGUCAACGAACAACAUUCGAGAAAAGAGGAGGAGUUCAACAAUGCCCAGGAUGAAAGGAAACGCAUGUAGUAGGACCUGCGUAACCUUCAGGUAAAGUAUGAGGAGGUAUUUAGGAAGAUGGGCAGCUCGUGCUCAAUAGACCAACUACUGGUCAGCACAGGCCUACCAUUGCCAACAAAGUUCGAAAACCUGCCCAUGGAAGCUUAUGAUGGGACCCGAGACCCGGUGGAGCACUUCGAGACCUUCAAGGCCCACAUGACGCUGCACAAGUUCCUCAGGGAGGUAGCAUGCAGAGCCUUCCCACUGACCUUGAAGGAACCCGCAAGAAUGUGGUUUGGAUCCUCGGCACCUGGAUCCAUUGAGAACUUUGACGAGUUGGCCCGCCUUUCCUCACUCACUUUAUGGCCAGCUGAAGACUAAGACACUCGGCCUCUUACCUCCUCACCAUCAAGCAGAAGGAAGAUGAGAGCCUGAAGACUUACUUGGCUAGGUUCAACAAGAAGCAGAUGAUCACAGAAGACCAAGAUGAGAAGAUCACGUUGGUGGCAUUGCUCGAAGGGGUCUGGCCCCGAGUGAUGUUCAUGGUUGAGUUGGCAAAAAAGACCUGCCACUCUCUGAGAGUUCAUGGAUUAGGCCGAUAACUUCAUCAAAGUAGAGGAUACCCUUCACACCCUAACUGAGCCUUGGCAGAAGGAGGUGGAGGGAGCGCGCAAAAAGGAAAAGACCUUGACCAAAGGCCCCACUCAGGAGAAAAUGGAACAUAAACAUUGAGAGUUGAGAAAGGAGGAGCUCACUGUGAGAGGCAUGCAACACAAGUCCAACCGUUCGACAUUCACUAUUGCACAAGAAGAGAAGCGGCACACCUCGGGGGAACGUCACUACUGCACCCACCAUUGAACCACUUCUCACAACACUGAGGAGUGCUGAUCACCUCCAACAAGCUACUGUCCACUGCGGUAUCCAUCCUUCUAGCGGAGAAAGCAGCCAUGGAGAAGACGCUCCAGGGAGAGGAGUCCUGUCCGGGAAUACCAACAGAGGGGACACACAGCACUAACCGCCCCCACUCUUUCAACAAGUGUACCAGACGGUUCCCCCUGUAGGGGAGAUUUGAAAAAAGUGGGAGGCUUCAUUAGUGGAGGGCCAACCUCAUCAGGGAGAAAGGCCCAUGCCAGAGAGGCCUGAUACUGAGAAGUUUACUUAGCCUCCAACUGACCUGAGAAGCUCCCCUGAACCGAAUCCGCCCCUGUAAUCUCCUUCGAGGGAGUUGACGAGGAAGUGGUAUUCUAUCUGCAUGAUGACUCCCUAGUGGUCACCAUGCAGGUUGCCAAUUUCACAACCAAAAGAAUCCUCAUCGACAACAGCAGCUCAAUGGACAUCUUGUUCUGGGAUGCAUUCACCUUCAUGGAGAUAGACACAACUCGGCUCCUACCAACCCAAUUGCUACUCAAAGGCUUUUUGGGAGAAACGGUCCACCCGACGGGAACCAUCGCCCUAUUAGUCUUGGUAGGCGACCCGCCCUGCGUCGCCUCAGUUAUGGUUGACUUUCUAGUAGUAAAGGCUCAUUCCUCCUAGAACACCAUCAUCGGCCGCCUGACACUCAACCAGCUACAAGCUAUCACCUUCACCUAACACCUAAAAUCAAUUUUCCUACAAUUUAGGGAAUUGGUGAGAUCCAGGGAGAGCAGGCUUUGACACAGGAAUGCUAUAUGCAGGAGCUAAAGUCCACUAGGAGGGAGGUGACAUGCAAGCAUGCACCAAUCUUGAAGUCGCGACAAGCUCCUAUCAGGAUGCAAGCUAUCCCAACUAGGAGGGUGGAGGAGGGGCACAUGCCAAGAUGAAAGGACAACCGGGGCCCUCCCUGUUUUCUCACAUUUUUAUUUUUAUAUUUAUUGUUAUUUUUUGUCUGCUUACUUUGUAAAUAUGAGCUUAUGAUAGAUUAAUGAAAAUGAUGGAUCUCCUUCAGGAAA